AUGCCAUCCAGGAUACAUUGGUCUGGGAGGAACAACCGGUCGCAGCACAACCUGGUUGGGUCUAUUGGGUCGGCUGGGUCAAGUGGUGCCGAGCAGAGUUCCCCAGGUUCCAGUGCAGCAGGAGGAGGUGAGCGCGCAGCUGCUCCUGCUGCGAACCCGGGGACACCAGGCGCUCCCCCCUCAGCCUCGCCCAACCCGUCCAACCUAAUUAAUCCCCCUUUAGCUUCCUCCAACCCUCCUGCCUCAAACCUGUCCAACAUUGCCUACAGCUCCAGUAAUUCCUUCCAGCCCGACACGAGCGCGGGCACAAGUAACGCAGGAGCAAUUGGAAGCCUCAGUGCUCGAGGCAGUCACGCACCAGCACCAGUGUCACAGUCGCCGUCGCUGCACUCGCCACAGGCGGGACACCAGCAACACCAGCAAGUCCCCGCGCAGCAGCAGCAACACCAGCAGCACUUCCAGCCGGGAUUCUACUCCAAUAGCGCUGCUGCCUCCUCGAAUCCCGGCCAUAUCCCGCAACAGUUGCACCACUCCAACAGUGUCUCGGGCUCUGCCUACGAUCCGCGCCAGUCGGACGACUCUGCUCAUCAGGUAACGCGAUCGCAAUCCCAUCGCUUUUCGCAGAAUACCCCCGCCACGACUCAGCUGUACCAUCACCAGCAGCAGUACCAGCCCUGUUCACCGCCCCCAGGUUCUGCCUCUUACGAGGAUCUCCCUAAUAGUCUCUCCUCCCCAACGGCCACAUCUAACCAAGAUCCGUAUCUCCAGCAGCAGCCAGCCCCUCCUCAACCCAGGGCCAAGUCUGGGGGAUCGACGCGACGAAUAUUGAGAAACAUCUUUCGUGGCCAGGAUCACCAGCAGCCCCAGUCUGGCAGUUCCCACGGUUCGUCGUCAGGCGUGACUCGCAGAAACUCAAAUCGCAGGAGUCUGUCGCAUCCAUACCCUCCGGCCAUUCGCACCAGCCCCUCGCAGCUGUCCCAGGUUUCAUUUGAGCAGCAGCAGAACCAAGUUGACUGGCAAAACCAAACUCCUGGAGCCCAGCAGCCGUCAUCCCAACAAAGUGUAGGAGGCUACAAGCAUCGCCAGUCGUGCGUCAUUGACAGAUCUGACCAGGAGUUGCAUUACCAGAACCCACAGAGCAUCCAACAUCCAACGAUUCGGUCUGUCCCCUCUUCGGACGUGGACUCGUCAUCGCUCUACCGAGCAAGCCAGGACUAUCGCCAACCGCAAGGCCAGGUUCAGAGUCCUGGUCAGGUUCCUCCUGAGUCGCAGCGUCAUCAACACCAGGAGUACGGCCACGCUGUUUACGACGCCAAUACUCAACAGCCACAGCAGCAGGCACAACAGCACCAGUUUGCGAACCCCCAGCAAUCAGCGCAGUACCAAAGCGGCACACAGCCCUCGUACUCAGGGUACUUGGAAGCGCCGCAACAGCACAACUCUGAAGCUGUGUCACAGUUGUCGCAUGAAUCACCAGUGACCGAUUCUGAUCAGCGUAUCGCUACUAACAGCCAGAUACAAGGAUUCCAGGUUCAGUCACCGGUAGCCCAAGCUUACCUAUCCCAGCAACCGCAGCAACAGCAUCAACAUCAGCAGCAGCAAGCUAUGGCACCACCAGCUAGCGGAGGACCACCGCCGCGACGGUCCCAGGAUGUGGAUAGGGGCAUGCGCGACCAAGCGCAGCCGCCCUCUGGCUACAGGCAGAACCAGCAGACCAAUCUUAACCCCCACCAACCUCAGAAUGUGGGCGCGCAGAAUCCGGGUCAACAGGGAGAUGUCCAAGGGCGCAACAGUCCCCAGCCGCCGCAGCCUGCACCGCAACAGGCGCAGCCUGCCGGUGACCGUGGCGCUGAAGAUCCAGAGAAGGCGUUUAAGGAACUCCUCACUAAGUAUAAAAACGUCAAGCGCCUCUAUUUCGAUGGCAAGAAGGAGAUCGAGCAUUUGCAUGCCCAAGUUGAGCAGCUUCAGAACGCCAUUGCCAACCAGCGCAUGUCGCAAAGUCGCACGUCAUUGGAUGACAAUGAGUAUACCACGCGCUUCAACCGCUUGAAUGGUGCGAUUAACAAUCUGGCCUUCAACAUCCGUAAAGACUGGGCUUCUAUCCCCCAAUGGCUCAUCCCUUACGUUAGCGCCGACGCCCUCAAGACUGGCAAGCAGGAGAUGACAGCUGUCGGGCGCGCGGUCAUAACUCGAUGGCUUGUGGACGAGCUUUUCAGCCGUUGCUUCCAUCCAGGCCUGGACCCGGAAUUAAGCAAGCACUUGAAGCAGAUCGAAUACAACAUUCGGAGCUUCAACCAUACCAACAGCCAAGAGGAGCUUGAUGCCCUGACCAACAAGAUCGUUACAUGGCGUAUGACGACGCUUGAGGGUUUGCAGGACGUCCUGCGUAGUGCAGAAAGCCGGGAGUACCGUAAUGAUUACACGCGCAAGGCAACUACCAAUCUCACAGGCUACCUCUUUCAGUAUCUGAACGAUCCUCCCCCAGCGGGUGUUGAAGGUAGCGCUAGCAUGAUUAUCGAGUUGGCGGUUGGCAUCGCAAGCAACCUACCGCUCGAAAGCCGCGACGUCGCUAUUACCUACCCGCUACCCGAAGUUCCUGUUAACCUUGAUUUCAUGGAGAUCGAAAAGACAGGCUUGCCGCCGCUGGAGAAGCGUCCGUCUGAUGCAGGUGAGGAGGGUGGUGGCUCAGGGAACAAAGAAAGCGAAGAGGGCGCUUCGGCCCAAGGUAAAGACAAUAAUAAUAGUAGUGGUAAUACCGCUGGCACCAACGGCGGUGGCAGCGGUUCUUCUGCUUCAAAGGACCAGCAGCCUGGGAAGGACUCUCGGCGCAACAAUAAUACCAGCAACAACAAUGGGUCUUCUUCUUCUGUGCAGGCGAAGGACCAACAGCCUAAGGUGCGCUUUGCUGGAUUUGUCUCAGUUGAAGUGCGUGGAAGGCAGGUGUUGGUUAAGGCGCCCGUGUGGACGUUCUGGGACGCCCUCUAUACUACCGAGUUAACAAACCACUCCGAGAACCCUGCCGACGAGGGCACAGUCUGGUUCGACGAUUCCGAUGCCGAGGCGAAAAUCGUCUCUUUCCUCGACGAGCAUGCCCUCUCUGACUUUGGCAUCAAUCCUUACUCUGAAGCUGUCAAUAUAAUAGACCUGGGUUGUGGAAACGGUAGUUUGCUGUGUGCCCUGGCGGAGAGUGGAUGGCGCGGGCGGUUGUUAGGAGUAGAUUACAGCGAGAAGAGCGUGCAGCUCGCCAGGGGGGUGAGUCGUGAGCGGGAAAGGAGAUGGAAGGAGGAAGAGGGGGGAGACGCAGAGUAUGGGAGAGUAGAGUUUGCGAUGUGGGAUGUGAUUAAGGGGGAUCUGGACGUUAUUAUCCCCAAGAGCGAGGAUGGGGAGAAGGGCAAAGGGUUUGAUGUGGUUCUGGACAAGGGCACGUUUGACGCGAUUUCGCUCUCUGCGGAGCAGGAUGACCGCGGGAGAAGGAUAAAUGAAGGAUAUGGGCAGAGGGUACUGUCGUUGUUGCGGACAGGGGGCAUAUUUGUGAUAACGAGUUGCAACUGGACCGAAGCGGAGCUGAAGGACUGGUUCGAGGUCAAGACGGAGCCUACAGCAAGUGGAGAGAGGCUUAAAGUUGCUGGGAGGAUAGACUAUCCCAGUUUCAGCUUUGGGGGAGUCAAGGGACAAACUAUUAGCACGUUGUGUUUUGAAAAGGUUGCGGUUUAG